UUGCCAGUGCAACAACGUCAGCUUCCCCGCUCCUAUAACGCACAAACAUGUAGCGGUCUUGUUGUCAUUUAGCAAGCCACGGUGUAUUUACGUUAUCUCGUUGCAGGUUUUUCUAACAUUACUUAUGUAUGUUCUCUUGCAUGCAAACUAGCAACCUAAUUAACAAGAGACUUGUUUUAGUGUCUUUCUCUUGUGUUGCCCUCCAUGCACGAAGGGAAAGAUGCCUCACUAUGACUUGGAAGACGCACGCAAGAACUUCAUCCUUACAACAACGGGGAACUAUUUUGGCCUGAAGACUUCAUCAGACCCACUUAUCUCUUCCUUAACGGACUGUAGAGAACUUAAUAACUUUUUAGAUGAUGGCAAUGAGUACGUGCUUUCAGUAUACAAGCCUGGAAGCGAGCUGCGUAUGUCAAACAAGAUUGAUUCAGCGGACGGCAAAGACAAAGUGCUGGUAUUUUUCAAACUGCGGCCCACUGUCAUCACAGAAGACAACCUCCACAGCAAUGUACUGGUCUCUUCUAUGUUGGAGUCCCCCAUAAACACUCUCUAUCAGGCUGUGCGACAAGUGUUUGCUCCCGUACUGCUGAAGGAUGAAAAAUGGAGUAAGAUUAUUGACCCCAAACUGCAGAGCUUAUUGAGUGACCUGGAAGUGGGUCUGGGUUUGGUGGUUAGGCGGUCAGACUCGGAAGACACCGGAAAGAGAAGCUUCAAAGGCGACGAUGUCUUGGGUAUUCUGACUCCUAAUGAUGAGUUUCAGUACUGGGCAGACCUCUCACAGGUGGGCGGGAAGACCAGCACUAAAGAAAGAGCAGCCCAUUUCUCUGAGUUGUUUCAACAUAUUGAGAAGGACUAUAACAACCUGGACAGCGUGGCGUUAGCCGAUGCCGUGGAGCUUGUGGACAGCACCAGAGACACGGUGGACGACGUGUGGAGGCAGAAUGACCACGAGCCAUACCCUGAAGUCCGCAUGCAGCGCCUGAUGGAUGUCAUAGGUGGAGCUCUGGGCCGGUAUGUGCAGAAGAAGCUGAGUUCCUUGAAGCUGUGGGAGGACCCCUUCCUCACAGUCAAGGAGAGCCUGCGGUCGGGCGUGGCUGUCUGUGAGCAGUGGGUGGGAGCCUGUGAUCACCUGACGGGGCAGCUGUGGAAGCGCUACGCCCCUCACCCAUGGAAGGGUGAUAAGUAUCAGCCACAGCUUCUGCAGAACCUUUCCCAAAGGCUCGAGGAGGUGGUGAUGAUUCGCACGGUUCAUGAGAAACUGCUGCGGCUUCUCCCAGCCGGGAAAGGGCAGGCACUCUCUCCAGCACACGUGUUCGAACCUUUCGCCGGUCUGAACGCGCUGCACUACAACCCCUACACCGAGCCUCUUUGGAAGGCAGCCGUGUCACAGUUUGAGAGGGCCGUCUCGCCUGCUGAGCAGGAGGCUGCAGGCAAGCUAAAAGUUAGCAUUGGAGAUGUCCAGGACAACCCCCAGCAGCUUCUUCAAGUGUUUCAGAAGUAUAAGGAACUAAUCAAGCGGCCCAGCGUUAGCAAGGAUCUGCUUCCAGAAAGGGAGACAUUACUGGCUAAGCUUCUGGACUAUAUCAAGGGACUCCGCACAGACUUUGAGAGCCGUUGUCAUGGCAUCCCGGGAGAAAAGUCGGGUCCCCUUGCUGGCAGGAACCUCCCUGAGGUCGUCAACAACAUUGUUUGGGUGCGACAGCUGGCCCUGAAGGUGGAGGAUUCCAUCAAAAUGGCAGCAGCCCUUCUGUCGGACCUCUCUGGGUACCGUCCAUUUGUAAGGUUCUCCGACGACCUGCAGGAGCAGCUCCGGGCUUAUGAGCAGGACCAGUUUGACGACUGGUCACGAGACAUCCAAUCAGGGCUCUCCGAUCCAAAGUCUGGAAUCAGCCUGCAGGCCAGCAGCCGUGUGAUGGAGCUGGACCACGUGGACGGGAAGCUGAAGAUCCAGUACUCGGACCGGCUGGUGACCCUGCUGAGAGAGGUCCGCCAGCUCUCGGCCUUGGGGUUCGCCAUUCCCGCCAAAAUCCAGCAGGCCGCCAACACGGCAGACAAGUUCUACAGACAGGCCAUCAUCCUCAAACAGGUGGCUCAUUUUUACAACACCAUAGAUCAACAGAUGAUUCCUUCCCAGAGGCCCAUGAUGCUGAACUACGCCUUGGCGUUUGAACAAGUGAUAAAGAGCCCACGGUCCCAAUCCCGGGAGUCAGGGGGCAAGCUGCAGAUCACCUGGGACAAUCCCAAAGAGCUGGAGGUGUACAUCGGCAAGCUGCAGUCCUCUGCAGAGAACCUGUCCACCCAAAACAGGAAGUUGAGGAAGUGGCACACGGACUUCACCGAGAAGGUGGUGACUCUAAUGAACGUUGACCUCCUGCGUCACCAGCAGCGAUGGAAGGACGGGUUACAGGAUCUGCGAACGGGAUUUGCUGCGCUAGAGUCACAGGGUUUCCGGUCGGGAGACAUGCGGGCCUGGCGCCAGCACUGGAACCAUCAGCUGUACAAAGCCCUGGAGCACCAGUACCAAGUCGGACUGGAAGCCCUCAACAAGAACCUUCCGGAAAUCAACGUGGACCUGACUUUCAAGCAGGGCAGGCUCCAGUUCAGGCCCCCGUUUGAGGAAGUGAGAGCCAAGUACUUCAGAGAGAUGAAGCGCUUCAUCUCCAUCCCCAACCAGUUCAAAGGAGUCGGUGAGCCAGGGGAGGAGCCCAUCUUCCCCGUGAUGAUUGACAGGAACGCGAGCGGCUUCGUCACCAUUUUCAGCAAGGCAGAAGACCUCUUUAGCCGGCUCUUGCUUGUGCAGGACAAGUUCAAGGAGUGGGUGGUGCUGGGUCAGGUGGAUCUCGAAGCUCUUGUUGAGAGGCAUGUCCACACAGUGCAGGACUGGGAGAGGAACUUCAAGGCCCUGAAAGUCAGGGGGAAGGAGUCGGAACGCUUACCCAGCACUGAGAAGGUGGACUGCAUAACUGUCAACUGUGACCCUGUGAAGGCAGUGGUCGAUGAUUUGAUCCAGAGGCUGUUUGAUGCCCUUCUCCUGUCUUUGAGGAAAUCUAUCCAGGCACACACGCAGGACAUUGACACCUUUGUCACUGGAGCCAUGGAAACCUUAUCGACCCGGCCUGAGAGCAUCGAUGAAAUAGGCGAGGCCAACAUCAAGCACGGGGAACUGCAAGAGAGGAAGCCCAACGUCUUGCCCCUGUUCCAGGAAGCGGAGGAUAAAAACAGAUUGCUGCGCACGGUGGCGGGCGGGGGCCUGGACUCCAUCAGCUCCCUGAGAGCCAAGUGGGACAAGUUUGAGCUGAUGAUGGAGAGCCACCAGCUGAUGAUCAAAGAGCAGGUGGAGGUGAUGAGGUCCAAUGCGGAAACCCAGAUCCAGGCGUACCUACAGGAGCUGGAGAAGUUUCGCGCUCGCUGGGACCAGCUGAAGCCCAGCAGUGAUGUCAUCGAGUCCGGUGACCGGGAGGCCCUUCAGAAAUGUGUUCAGACCAUUAAAGAGAAGAAGGCCGAGUUUGACGAGCUGGAGAGCACACGCAAGAAGCUCAUUGAGGAUUGCCGCCACUUUGACCUGGCCCCGCCCGACUUCUCCCUCGCCCUGGAAACCAUCAAAGACAUGGAGGAACUCUCUGAGAUGUGGUCGAUGUAUGAGGAAUUCCAGGAGGGCUUUCAGGACAAGGCGAAGGAAGACUGGAUAACAUUCAGGAGCAAAACCUACGUUUUCGAAGAGUUUCUCUUCACCUGGCACGACAGGCUCAGAAAACUGGACGAGCACACCACCAUGACUGUCAAACUGCAGAAGGAGGUAGACAAGUACAAGGGGGUGGUUCCGGUGCUGAAGUACGUCCGGGGCGAGCACCUCUCGCAGGACCACUGGCUGGACCUCUUCCGUCUCCUGGGACUGCCCCGAGGUACCACGCUGGAGAAGCUGCUUUUCGGUGACCUACUCAAGGUCGCUGAUGCCAUCGUGGACAAGGCCAUGGAGCUGAAGGACCUGAACAGCCGCGCACAGGCCGAAGUGAGCAUCCGUGAGGCCCUGCGGGAGCUGGACCUGUGGGGGGUGGGGGCCGGGUUCACCCUGACUGACUACGUGGACAGCCAGAGCCGGACGCUCAAGCUCAUCAAGGACUGGAAGGACAUGGUCAACCAGGUGGGCGACAAUCGCUGCCUGCUGCAGUCCCUGAAGGACUCGCCCUACUACAAGGGCUUCGAGGACAAGGUCUCUCUGUGGGAGACCAGGCUGGCCGACCUGGACGAGUACCUGCACAACCUCAACGCCAUCCAGAGGAAGUGGGUCUACCUGGAACCCAUAUUUGGGCGUGGGGCCUUGCCCAGGGAGCAGGCCCGCUUCAAGAGGGUGGAUGAAGACUUCAGGUCUAUCAUGGCUGACGUGCAGAGGGACACCAGGGUGAUGUCACUUGCCGCUCGUGUCGGAAUCAGAAACUCCCUCAUCACCAUCCUUGACCAGCUUCAGAGGUGCCAGAAGUCUCUCAACGAGUUCUUGGAGGAGAAGCGGUCGGCCUUCCCUCGGUUUUAUUUCAUCGGGGACGAUGAUCUCCUGGAGAUCCUGGGCCAGGCCACCAACCCCGCGGUCAUCCAGUCCCACCUGAAGAAGCUGUUUGCCGGUAUCAGCAGUGUGGAUUUUGACGAAGGCUACCAGAACAUCACAGCCAUGAAGUCCCUGGAGGGCGAGGUGGUCCUCCUGAGAAACAUGAUCCGCAUCUCCAAUGAUGUAGAGGUUUGGCUGAGUAAUCUGUCCGUAGAGAUGAAGGAGACCCUGAAGCAGCUCCUCUGUGAGUGUGUGAUGGCGGGUAAAAGGGGAGAUGUGGAUCCCUCGCGUUACCCCUCACAGAUCCUGUGCCUAGCAGAGCAGAUACAGUUCACUGAGGAUGUGGAGAACGCCAUCCACCAUCAGAGCCUGCAGCAGCUAGAGCUGGAGCUGAUGGCGAAGCUAGAACACUACACCAGCGUGGACAGCAGCACAGAGGACACGGGGGGUGCAGACUCCAGUGUGCUGCAGCUGAAGCUGAAAGCUCUGAUCCUGGACAUCAUCCACAACAUCGAGACUUGCUACAUCCAGAUGGUGGAUGCAGAGUUCCACUACACCUACGAGUACCAGGGCAAUGCUGCCAAGCUGGUCCACACCCCCCUGACAGAUAAGUGCUAUCUCACCCUCACACAAGCCAUGAAGAUGGGCUUGGGAGGCAAUCCCUACGGGCCGGCGGGGACUGGCAAGACUGAGUCGGUCAAGGCCCUGGGAGGGCUGUUCGGCCGACAGGUCCUGGUGUUCAACUGUGACGAGGGCAUCGAUGUGAAGUCGAUGGGGCGUAUCUUUGUGGGGCUGGUGAAGUGCGGGGCGUGGGGCUGCUUCGACGAGUUCAACCGGCUGGAGGAGGCCGUGCUGUCGGCCGUGUCCAUGCAGAUCCAGGCCAUUCAGAACUCGCUGAAGAACCAGAGGAACACCUGCGAGCUCCUGGGCAAGGAGGUGGACCUGGAUCCCAACUCUGGGAUCUUCAUCACUCUGAACCCGGCGGGGAAGGGCUACGGAGGGAGACAGAAGCUCCCGGACAACCUGAAGCAGCUCUUCCGGCCGGUGGCCAUGUCGCGGCCAGACAACGACCUCAUCGCUGAGGUCAUCCUCUACUCGGAGGGCUUCAAGGAAGGCAAGGUCCUGGGCUGCAAGCUGGUGGCCAUCUUCAACCUCUCCAGGGAGCUGCUGACCCCCCAGCAGCACUACGACUGGGGCCUGCGGGCCCUGAAGACGGUGCUGCGCGGCUGCGGGGGCCUCCUCCAGCAGCAGAGGAGGAGCAGCGGCGGGAACAAGGCCCAGGAGAGCCACAUCGUGGUGCAGGCCCUGCGGCUCAACACCAUGUCCAAGCUGACCUUCGCCGACAGCUCCCGGUUCGACGCCCUGGUGCGGGACGUCUUCCCCGGCGUGGACUUCAAGGACGUGGAGUACGAGACGCUGAGCGCCGCCCUGGAGGCCGUCUUCGAGGAGGCCAAGCUGGAGAUCAUCCCCAGCCAGAUAAAGAAGGCCCUGGAGCUGUACGAGCAGCUGCGGCAGCGGAUGGGCGUGGUCAUCGUGGGGCCCAGCGGGGCGGGGAAGUCCACGCUGUGGCGCACGCUGCGGGCGGCGCUGGCGCGCGGCGGGAAGGCGGUCCGGCAGUACACCAUGAACCCCAAAGCCAUGCCGCGCCAGCAGCUGCUGGGACACAUCGACAUGGACACCCGCGAGUGGUCCGACGGGGUCCUGACCAACAGCGCCCGCCAGGUGGUCCGUGAGCCGCAGGAGGUUAGCUCCUGGAUCAUCUGCGACGGCGACAUCGACCCUGAGUGGAUCGAGUCCCUCAACUCCGUCCUGGACGACAACCGCCUGCUCACCAUGCCCAGCGGCGAGAGGAUCCAGUUCGGCCCCAACGUCAACUUCGUCUUCGAGACGCACGACCUGAGCUGCGCCUCCCCGGCCACCAUCUCGCGCAUGGGCAUGAUCUUCCUCAGCGAUGAAGACACUGACGUGAACUCUCUGGUGAAGUCGUGGCUGAAGGGUCAGCCGGACGAGUGCCGGGGUAACCUGGAGAACUGGAUCGGAGAUUACUUCCUGAAGAGCCUGGACUGGGUCCUGAAGCAGAAUGACUUUGUGGUGGAGACCAGCCUGGUGGGGACCGUGCUCAACGGUCUGUCUCACCUCAGCAGUGUCAGAGAGCGCGGUCAGUUUGUGGUCAGCCUCAUCAGGGGCCUGGGGGGAAACCUGAGCUUCAAGUCCCGCGUGGAGUUCGCCAAGGAGGUGCUGGGCUGGGCCAGAGAAAGCCCGCCGGACCCGCGCAAGCCGCUGGACACGUUCUACGACCCGGACACGGGCCGGCUGGCGGCCUACCGGCUGGAGCGGCCCGACUGCCUGUCGGUGGAGGACCUCGGCAACCCCCAGAGGUUACCUGUCAUCCAGACGCCGGACAUGCAGCGGGGCCUGGACUACUUCCGACAGUGGCUCUGCACGGACUACAGACAGCCCUUCCUGCUGGUGGGGCCCGAGGGCUGUGGAAAAGGGAUGCUCCUGCGCUACGCCUUCUCCCAGCUGCGCUCCACCCAGGUGGCGACGGUGCACUGCAGUGCCCAGACCUCCUCCCGCCACGUCCUGCAGAAGCUGAGCCAGACCUGCCUGGUCAUCAGCUCCAACACGGGCCGCGUCUACCGGCCCAAAGACUGCGAGCGCCUCGUCCUCUACCUCAAAGACAUCAACCUCCCCAAACCCGACAAGUGGGGCACCAGCAACCUCAUCGCCUUCCUGCAACAGGUGCUGACCUACCACGGCUUCUACGACGAAAACCUGGAGUGGGUGGGCCUGGAGAACAUCCAGGUCGUGGCCUCCAUGUCUGCGGGGGGCGCCGUGGGCCGGCACGCGCUCACCUCCAGAUUCACCUCCAUCGUGCGCAUCUGCACCAUCGAUUACCCCGACAGAGAGCAGCUGCAGACCAUCUACAGCGCCUACCUCCAGCCUGUGCUGCAGAGGAGCAUGGGAGGAGAGCAGUCGGUCUGGAGCUCUGCUGGCAAAGUGCACCAGCUCGCCGGGUCCCUGGUGCAGGUGUACGAGCAGGUCAAAGCCAAAUUCACCGUGGACGACCACAGCCACUACCUGUUCACCCCGUGCGUGCUGACCCAGUGGGUGCUGAGCCUGCUCAGAUACGACCUGACCGCCGGCAAAGCCCAGAAUCCCACAGACGCGGUUCUGGAGGUCGUGGCCUACGAAGCGAGGCGCCUGUUUCGGGAUCGCAUCGUUGGUACCAAGGACCUCAACGCGUUCGAUAACAUCCUGCUGUCCGCCAUCCGAGGGGACUGGACCUCCGACGUGCUGGAGAACAUGUCCGACAGUUUCUACGUGACGUGGGGCGCGGCUCACGAGGCGGGCGCGGUCAUGGCGCCCGGGCAGUCCCUGCCCUCUCACGGCAAGCCGCUGGGCUGCCUCAGCUCGGCCGACCUGCGGGAGGUCAUUCAGAAGGGCAUUGUCCUGUACGGUCGGGACAACCGGGAGCUGGACAUCCUGCUGUUCCCCGAGGUGCUGGACUACAUGUCGCGGGUGGACCGGGUGCUGAGCCGGCCGGGCGGGUCUCUGCUGCUGGCGGGGCGCAGCGGGGUGGGCCGGCGCACGGCCACCUGCGUGGUCAGCCACAUGCACGCCGCCUCGCUCUUCACCCCCAAGAUCUCCCGCGGAUAUGGCCUCAAGCACUUCAAGAGCGACCUCAAAACCGUGAUGCAGCUGGCUGGGAUCGAGGGGCAGCAGGUGGUGCUGCUUCUGGAGGAUUACCAGUUUGUGCACCCGUCCUUCCUGGAGAUGGUCAACAGCCUGCUGUCUUCUGGGGAGGUGCCAGGCCUGUACAGCACUGAGGAGCUGGAGCCGCUGCUGUCCAGUCUGAAGGACCAGGCGUCCCAGGACGGCUUCCCCGGGCCCAUUUUUAACUACUUUGCCUACAGAAUCCAGCAGAACCUGCACGUGGUCCUGAUCAUGGACUGCUCCAACCCCAACUUCACCAUCAACUGCGAGAGCAACCCGGCGCUGUACCGCCGGUGCAGCGUGCAGUGGAUGGAGGGCUGGUCCGAGAGCAGCAUGCGCAAGAUCCCGGAGAUGCUGCUCUCUCAGGCCUCUGCAGAGGAAGAGCAAAGCAGUGGGAAGAAGGGACACAAGAGGAAAACAUCCGGUCAGUCCGAGCUGUGCAAGUCCUUCCUGAGGAUCCACGAGUCGUGCCAGGAGUACGGAGCCACGCCCAGCCAGUACAUGGCCCUCCUGCAGGUGUACGGCUCCAUCUACAGCAGCAAGCGGGCCGAGCUGAUCAAGAGACAGCGCCACCUGCAGGCGGGCGUGUCCAAGCUGAACGAGGCCAAGGCCUUGGUGGACGACCUGAAGGGGAGAGCGGCCGAGCAGAGCACGCUCCUGAGGACCAAGCAGGCCGAGGCGGACGCCGCGCUGCAGGAGAUCACCGUCUCCAUGCAGAACGCGAGCGAUCAGAAGACGGAGAUGGAGAAGAUCAAAGGGAAGAUGGCCGAGGAGGUGCUGAAGAUCGAGGAGCGCAAAAGAAAGAUUGAUGACGAGCUGAAGGAAGUGCAGCCCCUGGUGGAAGAGGCCAAGCACGCCGUGGGCAACAUCAAGGCCGAGUCCCUCUCGGAGAUCCGCUCGCUGCGCAUGCCCCCGGACGUCAUCCGGGACAUCCUGGAGGGGGUGCUGAGGCUCAUGGGUAUUUUCGACACCUCGUGGGUGAGCAUGAAGAGCUUCCUGGCCAAGAGAGGCGUGAGGGAAGAGAUCGUGACUUUCGAAGCGCGGAACGUCACCCACGAGAUCCGCGAGAGUGUGGAGGAGCUCCUGCACAGGAACAAGGCCUCGUUCGAUCCGAAGAACGCUAAGCGCGCGAGCGCGGCGGCGGCGCCCCUGGCGGCCUGGGUGAAGGCCAACGUGCAGUACUCCCACGUCCUGGAGCGCAUCCAGCCCCUGGAGAAGGAGCAGUCCGGCCUGAUGGAAAACCUGAGGAAGACUGAGAGCAGGAAGAACAAACUGGAAGACCUGCUGAACUCUGUGGGUGAAAAAGUGAAGGAACUUAAGGACAAGUUCCAGUCCCGCACCACGGAGGCGGCCAAGCUGGAGGCGGAGGUGAGCCGGGCCCAGGAGACCAUCCAGGCCGCAGAGAAGCUCAUCCACCAGCUGGACGGGGAGCACACGCGCUGGAGCGCCCAGGUUGCAGAGAUAGCGGAGGAGCUGGAGACCCUGCCCAAGCGGGCCCAGCUGGCAGCAGCCUUCAUCACGUAUCUGUCAGCCGCUCCGGAGGAUCAGAGGAGAGCCAGCCUGGAGGAGUGGAUGAAGUCCUCCGGCCUUCAAAGCUUUGACCUGCGGCGGUUCCUGUGCUCGGAGAGCGAGCAGCUGAUCUGGAAGAGCGAGGGGCUGCCUUCGGACGACCUCUCCAUGGAGAACGCCCUGGUCAUCCUGCAGAUCAAUGCCUUGAAGACACGGAGCUGCGCCUGCCCCUUCCUCAUUGACCCCUCCUCCAGAGCGACCGAGUGGCUCAGAACACACCUGGCCCAGUCACGCUUGGAGGUCAUCAAUCAGCAGGACUCCAACUUCAUCACGGCGCUGGAGCUGGCCGUGCGCUUUGGGAAGACCCUGAUCAUCCAGGAGAUGGACGGAGUGGAGCCCGUGCUCUACCCCCUGCUGAGACGGGACCUCAUCGCGCAGGGUCCCCGCUACGUCGUCCAGAUCGGUGACAAAGUCAUCGAUUACAAUGAAGGAUUCCGCCUUUUCUUGGCCACCCGAAACCCCAGCCCCUACAUCCCGCCGGACGCCGCUUCCGUGGUAACCGAGGUCAACUUCACCACGACUCGAGCGGGGCUCCGAGGGCAGCUGCUGGCACUGACCAUUCAGCAGGAGAAGCCUGAGCUGGAGACGGAGAAAACACGGCUGCUGCAGCAGGAGGAGGACAAGAAGAUCCAGCUGGCCAAGCUGGAGGAGUCCCUGCUGGAGACUCUGGCCACAGCUCAGGGAAACAUCCUGGAGAACAAGGAGCUUAUCGAGUCGCUGAACCAGACCAAGAGCAGCAGCGCGCUGAUCCAGGAGUCUCUCACCGAGUCACAUCGCCUGCAGGCCUCCUUGGACCAGGAGCGAGAUGCCUAUCUGCCAUUAGCAGAGAGCGCCAGCACGAUGUACUUCGUUAUAACAGACCUCUCCAAAAUUAAUAACAUGUACCGCUUCAGCUUGGCCGCCUUCCUCCGAAUCUUCCAGCGAGCACUGCAGAGCAAGAAGGAGUCCGAAGGCACGGAGGCCCGCAUCGUCUCCCUGGAGGCGUGUCUGAAGACCACGGUGUACGAGUACGUCUGCCGCUCGCUCUUCAAGGCCCACCGGCUCAUGUUCGCCCUGCACUUUGUCAAAGGGAUGCACCCCCAGCUCUUCCAGGAGAAUGAGUGGGACGCGUUCACCGGGCUCAUCGUGGGAGACACGGUCAGAAAGACGGAUUCCCAGCAGCCCUCCAGAGAGCAGAUCCCGUCCUGGAUCGACCAGGAGCGGCUGGCAGCCGUGGCCAUGUUUAAGAACACCUUCCCGGCGCUGUAUCAGACCCUGAGUCUGGGAGACGCGGACCUCUGGCUCACCUUCUCGAGGAGCUCGAGCUGCGAGCAGGAGUUCCCCCCCUCCAUCGCCAAGAAGGUCUCUCUGUUCCAGCAGGUCCUGGUGGUGCAGGCGAUCCGGCCGGACAGACUGCAGAGCGCCAUGGCUUUCUUCGCGUCCCAGGCGCUGGGCAUGCGGGAGCUGUCCCCUCCCCCGCUCAACCUCAGACGGCUGUUCGGCGAGACGCUGGAGAUCGAGCCCGUCCUCAUCAUCAUCUCCCCCGGGGCCGACCCCUCGCAGGAGCUGCUGGAUCUGGCCGGCGAGACGGUGGGCCGGGAGAACUACCACGAGGUGGCCAUGGGCCAGGGCCAGGCCGACAUCGCCAUUCAGACCCUGAGGGAAUGCGCUCGCAGCGGGGAGUGGCUCUGCCUGAAGAACCUGCACCUGGUCACCGCCUGGCUCCCCCUGCUGGAGAAGGAGCUGAACGUCCUGCAGCCCAAAGCGGGAUUCCGUCUGUGGCUCACCGCUGAGGUGCACCCCAAAUUCAGCCCCAUUCUCCUCCAGUCCAGCCUGAAGAUUACAUACGAGGCGCCUCCAGGGCUGAAGAAGAACCUGAUGAGGACGUACGAGUCCUGGACCCCUGAGCAGAUCAGCAAGGGAGGCCUGCUCCCCCGGGCGCAGUCCCUAUUCUGCCUCGCCUGGUUCCACGCUGUGUGCCAGGAGCGUCGGAACUACAUCCCCCAGGGCUGGACAAAGUUCUAUGAGUUCUCUCUCUCUGAUCUCCGUGCCGGGUUCGAGAUCAUCGACAGGCUCUUUGACGGGGCGAAGGACAUCCAGUGGGAGUUUGUGCACGGGCUGCUGGAGAACGCCAUCUACGGCGGGCGCAUCGACAGCCUGAGCGACCUGCGCAUCCUGCGCUCCUACCUGCAGCAGUACUUCAGCUCCCGGCUCAUCUCCGGGCCCCAAGGGCGCGGCAAGAAGGGCGUGGCCUUCCCCUCCCAGAUGAGCCUGCCCAACUCCUGCAGUAUCUUGGACUACCGCGGCGUGAUCGAGAACCUGCCCGAGGACGACAGGCCCGGGUUCUUCGGCCUGCCGGCCAACAUCGAGCGCUCCUCCCAGCGCAUCAUCAGCGCCCAGGUGAUUUCACAGCUGAGGAUUCUGAGCAGGUCGGUGGCGGCCGGGUCCAAGUUCGAUCGAGAGAUCUGGUCCAACGGGCUCUCCCCUGUCCUCAACCUGUGGAAGAAGCUGAAUCAGGGCUCGUCUCUAAUCCAUCAGAAGGUGGCCCCGCCCAGCGAGAGCCAGGGCUCUCCCGUUCUCUCUUUCGUCAUCCUGGAGCAGUUCAACGCCGUGCGCCUGGUCCAGAGCAUCCACCAAUCGCUGGCCGCCCUCAGCAAGGUCAUCCGCGGGACGUCCCUGCUGACCGCCGACGUGCACAAGCUGGCCACCGCCCUGCUCAACCAGGAGUGUCCUCUGAGCUGGCAGAGUAAGUGGGAGGGACCGGAGGACCCCAUGCAGUACUUAAGAGCUGUGGUGGCUUGUGCUCUCGCCAUACAGAGCUGGGUGGAGAGGGCGGAGAGACAGAGCUUGCUGUCGGACACUCUGGACCUGUCUGAACUCUUCCAUCCAGACACUUUCCUCAACGCGCUCAGACAGGAGACUGCCAGGACGAUGGGCUGCUCGAUGGACAGUCUGAAGUUUGUGGCGUCCUGGAAGAGCAGAAUUCCGGAGGCCAAGCUCCAAGUGAAGAUCGGAGGCCUGAAGCUGGAAGGGUGCAGUUUUGAUGGAAAGCGCCUGUCUGAGAACCAGCACGACUCCCCCAGCGUGUCGGCCGUGCCUCCCUGCUACAUCGCCUGGAUUCCGCAGAGCUGCAGCGGCUGCUACCCUCCGGAGGAGUGCAUCUCCCUGCCCGUGUACACCAGCGCCGAGCGCGUGCGCGUGGUCACCAACAUCGACGUGCCCUGCGGGGGGAGCCCCGACCAGUGGGUCCAGUGCGGAGCCGCCCUCUUCCUCAAACAGCAGUGAGGCCCGCCGUGCUUCUGAGAGGGGAGCCCAGCGGCCAUUUCCAACAUUUUUAUAAAUUCAUAUUAGCAUUAUUGUUAUAUAGCUGUAAUUCAAUAUAUAUUUAUAUAUCCCUUUGAACAAAUCUAUAGCUCAGCCAUCGUAAUUGAUUAAUUCAGUUGUAAUCCAUCGAUUGAUUGUAAUUGACGAGUUCCAUACAGAUGAUGUGAGUAGAAGCCUAUGUGUGUAUGUAUAUUUUGGAGUUAAGCAGAUGGAAGUGUUAGUGUAUAUUUUCUACAGUAAUAAAUAUGACAGAGAAUGAA